CCCCCCGCGUGCCCGCGCCGCUGCGCGAUGCAGUGUGGGGAAUGGCUGGGGUUGGCUGAAGAGCGCACAGUGGAGUUUUAAUGUCCGCCAUGUUGGCCAUGGCGUAUUGAAGAGAGCGAGAGAGAGAGGAGCGGAGCGGCACAGACUCCCACCCUCCCGGCUGCUGUUAGUGCCCGGACGGCGGGCUCUGCGCUCCGCCCCUCAAGUCCCCGGCAGCGGUAGGCGAGUGGGGACCGAACCCCCGGUUCUCCAUGAUCCCGCUGGCCGGGGCCGUUUCCCCAGAGCGGAGAGGUAUCUGCUGCGCCUGAGAUGAGUAAACUGUCGUUUCGGGCGCGGGCGCUAGACGCCUCGAAGCCGCUGCCGGUUUUCCGCUGUGAGGAUCUGCCCGACCUGCACGAAUACGCCUCGAUAAACCGGGCCGUGCCGCAGAUGCCCACCGGAAUGGAGAAGGAAGAGGAGUCGGAGCAUCAUCUUCAGCGGGCUAUUUCAGCACAGCAGGUGUAUGGCGAGAAGAGGGAUAAUAUGGUUAUACCAGUUCCAGAGGCAGAAAGUAACAUUGCUUACUAUGAAUCUAUAUAUCCUGGGGAAUUUAAGAUGCCAAAGCAGCUCAUUCACAUACAGCCUUUUAGUUUGGAUGCUGAACAGCCUGAUUAUGAUUUGGAUUCUGAAGAUGAAGUGUUUGUGAAUAAACUGAAAAAGAAAAUGGACAUCUGCCCAUUGCAGUUUGAAGAGAUGAUUGAUCGCCUAGAAAAAGGCAGUGGUCAGCAGCCAGUCAGUCUGCAGGAAGCCAAGCUGCUGCUAAAAGAAGAUGAUGAAUUAAUUAGAGAAGUUUAUGAAUACUGGAUUAAAAAGAGAAAAAACUGUCGAGGACCAUCUCUUAUCCCAUCAGUAAAACAAGAGAAGCGUGAUGGUUCCAGCACAAAUGAUCCUUAUGUAGCUUUUAGAAGACGCACUGAAAAAAUGCAGACUCGAAAAAAUCGCAAAAAUGAUGAAGCCUCUUAUGAAAAAAUGCUUAAGUUGCGUCGAGAUCUAAGUCGGGCUGUUACUAUUCUAGAAAUGAUAAAGAGAAGAGAAAAGAGUAAGAGGGAGCUCUUGCACUUGACACUGGAAAUUAUGGAGAAGAGGUAUAAUUUGGGUGACUACAAUGGAGAGAUUGUGUCUGAGGUUAUGGCACAGAGACAGCCAGUGAAACCUACUUAUGCCAUUCCCAUCAUUCCUAUUACUAAUAGCAAUCAAUUUAGACAUCAGGAAGCAUUGGAUGUGAAGGAGUUUAAAGUUAAUAAGCAAGAUAAAGCUGAUCUUAUCCGACCGAAACGUAAAUAUGAAAAGAAGCCCAAAGUCUUACCAUCGUCUGCUGCUGCUACUCCUCAACAGACGAGUCCUGCUGCACUGCCAGUCUUCAAUGCUAAAGAUUUAAAUCAGUAUGACUUUCCCAGCUCGGAUGAAGAACCUCUCUCCCAGGUUUUGUCUGGCUCUUCAGAAGCUGAGGAAGAGAAUGAUCCUGAUGGUCCCUUUGCUUUCCGUAGGAAAGCAGGCUGUCAGUACUAUGCUCCUCAUUUAGACCAAACUGGCAACUGGCCUUGGACUAGUCCUGAAGAUGGAGGACUAGGGGAUGUGCGAUAUAGAUACUGCUUAACUACCCUCACUGUACCCCAGAGGUGUAUUGGAUUUGCACGGAGACGGGUUGGGCGCGGUGGAAGGGUCUUACUGGACAGAGCUCAUUCAGACUAUGACAGUAUGUUUCGCCAUCUGGAUUUGGAAAUGCUUUCUUCUCCACAACAUUCUCCAGUCAAUCAGUUUGCCAAUACCUCAGAAACAAAUACCUCGGACACAUCUUUCUCUAAAGACCUCAGUCAGAUACUAGUCAAUAUCAAGUCAUGUAGGUGGCGGCAUUUUAGGCCUCGGACACCAUCUUUACAUGACAGUGACAGUGAUGAACUCUCCUGUAGGAAAUUACAUAGGAGUGUAAAUCGAACAGGAGCAGCACGACUUGGGACCCAGACAUGCAGUACCUCUACGCAGAGUAAAAGUAGCAGUGGUUCAGCACACUUUGCAUUUACAGCCGAACAAUACCAGCAACAUCAACAGCAGCUGGCACUAAUGCAGAAACAGCAGCUUGCACAAAUUCAUCAACAGCAAGCAAAUAGUAAUUCCUCCACCAACACUUCACAGAACCUUGCAUCUAACCAGCAGAAAAGUGGCUUUCGCCUGAAUCUACAUCAUAGCCACUCUAUACAGGGUUUAGAAAGAACAUUUCAGGGUUUUGUUUCCAAGACUUUGGAUUCUGCUAGCGCUCAAUUUGCUGCUUCUGCUUUGGUGACGUCAGAGCAACUGAUGGGAUUCAGGAUGAAAGAUGAUGUGGUGCUUGGAAUUGGGGUGAAUGGUGUCCUUCCAGCCUCAGGAGUGUACAAGGGCUUACACCUCAGUAGUACUACACCAACAGCACUUGUACAUACAAGUCCAUCAACAGUAGGUUCGACUUUGUUACAGCCUUCAAAUAUAACACAGACUUCAAGUUCCCACAGUGCACUGAGUCAUCAAGUAACUGCUGCCAAUGCUGCAACAACUCAGGUUCUGAUUGGGAACAACAUUCGAUUAACUGUACCUUCAUCAGUUGCCACUGUAAACUCUAUUGCCCCCCUGAAUGCACGACAUAUACCUAGGACUUUAAGUGCUGUUCCAUCAUCUGCCUUAAAGCUGGCUGCCGCAGCAAACUGUCAAGUUUCCAAGGUUCCAUCGUCAUCCUCUGUAGAUUCAGUCCCAAGGGAAAAUCAUGAAUCGGAAAAGCCAGCACUGAACAACAUAGCAGACAACACAGUAGCGAUGGAGGUGACGUAGCUCCCUCGGGGCGGGCGAGCUGCGGCCUGGGGACUUGAUCAGGUGCUGUGCGUCAGUAGCAUUUGAAUGCAAGGGAUGAUGGAAUGCAGCACAUGCGUUUCCGUGGCAGCUGUGGGGACUUGACAGCAAUGCUCAUCUCUCAUGCUUCGAUUUUUCUUUUCUUACUGUUAAUAGGAAAAAAUCAACAUCUGUAAAUUAAGAAUACAGCAAUUAUCUGUACAGUACUGCAUAUUUGUAAUACCCUUGUAUAUAUGUUACUUGAAUACAGAAAUGUUCAUUUGUGAUGCUUUGCACUUGGGGGUGGGGGGUGGGAGGGAAAUAAAUUGCAACAAAGAGUGUGAGAUGUGAGAUUGUAUAGAGAUGAAGUGUCAUCAUGUGCAUGGUGCGGAACCUGCUGUUUUAUCUAUUUAUUGUGCCGUGUUUACAGUUUUUUGUAC